CAGCAUUCACCAGCCGAGUUCGAGUCAAGUGGCACUAGCUGCUCCCUUCGGCUCGCGGACCGAUCGAGAUCCAUUUAUCAUUAAUGGCGAUCAAGAAGGGCGGCGCGGCGGCGGCGGGGCUGAAGCAGAUCCUGAGGCGGUGCUCGAGCCUGGGGCGGCGGCAGCAGCAGCACGGGUACGAGGAGCACGACGAGGAGGAAGAGAGCCUGCCGUCGGACGUGCCGAGGGGCCACUUCGCGGUGUACGUAGGCGAGCGGCGGCGGCGGUUCGUGGUGCCCAUCGCGCUGCUGGACCGGCCCGAGUUCCGGUCCCUGCUGCUGCGCGCCGAGGAGGAGUUCGGGUUCGCCGGCGCGGGGGCCGGCGGCAUCCUCGUGCUCCCCUGCGAGGAGGUCGCCUUCCGCUCCCUCACCUCCGCCCUCGCCUGCGGCGGCGCCCGGUGAACCACGCGAGGUGCACGCGGCCAUGCAUGCAUGCAUGUGGGCGUGGCUAUUCGUUCGAUUCAUUGAUUUGGCCCAGCUACCUACCUACCUAUGCCCUACCUAGCUAGCUCGGUGAUUGAUCACAACCGAGAUCAAGUUAAUUGUGUGUGUAGUGUAAAUAUGGAUUAGAGAAGUACUCUUUCAAAAGAAAGAGUAGACGUAUUUUUUGAGCUCGAUCUUUGAAGCUGAAUUUUGACUAAUGCUUUUUUACAAAUAUAUUAUUUAU